AUGUCGACUCGACGAGGUGUUGGCCUGGGAGCUUUCACGCAACGCAACGCCACCGCUCAAUCAUAUGCUGCACAUGGCUCGAAUCUCAAAUCUGCCAAUUCAGCAUCUCUCCAAGCACAACUAGAAGUCUUCCAAUCCCUGCUCCACAACUUCGCUCUCGAACAUGCAGCGACUAUCAAGUCCAAUCCUACGUUCCGGGCCGAAUUUGCACGCAUGUGUAAUGCUAUCGGAGUUGAUCCACUUGCGGGAAGCAACAUCAAGGGUAAGAAGACAGACUCUCUAUGGGCGAAAGUCCUGGGCCACGAUGUCAAUGAUUUCUACUUCUCUGUCGCUGUCCGUGUGGUUGAGCUGUGUCAGUCCACUCGUGCUGAAAAUGGUGGUCUGCUCGGCCUGAAAGAAUGCUGCGAGAGUAUCACUCGAGGCAAAGCCAUUGGUGGCGGUCUGCAAGUCUCGGAAGACGACAUCGAGCAGGCGGUCAAGUCUUUGGAGCCACUCGGUUCAGGGUUUGCGAUUAUCUCUAUCGCCAACAAACGGUUCAUUCGUUCUGUGCCGAAAGAACUUAAUACAGAUCAGUCUACCGUCCUCGAAGUUUUGCAAUUACUAGGAAGCGUGACAGUCUCGCUAUUACAUUUGAAUCUGAAUUGGGAAACAGCAAGGGCAGAAACUGUUCUACAGGACCUACUAGCUGACUCUCUAGUAUGGGUAGAUUAUCAAUGUCGGGAACCGGAGUAUUGGUCGCCACAGGGACUGAUUGACGAGAACGAUUGA